AUGCGGCUGGGCCGGGUCACCUCCACCCCCUUCUCCGUCAAUGAUAUCCUGCGGCUGGAGCGCGAGCAGAGCGGCCGCGGGGCCUGGUCACGAUGCGGGCUGCCCAGGACCCCAGAGGACCCUCAGUUCCUAAGCACGGACCAGGAGCCUCGAGUGUCUGAGCUUCACCACGCCGACGGUGGGGACUGCGGCGGCGGAGGGCGAGAUCCAGCAGAGCCUCCUCCGGGUUCCGGGGUGACCGCCACGGAGAUGGGGGAGUCGGCUCCGGCUCUGGGCGCCGCCUCGCCCCUCCGCGGCGGGACCGGGACGCUGGAGCGCGGCGUGCGCGGGCCGGAGCAGCCCAAGGCCCGCGCGCGACGGAAGCCGCGCGUGCUGUUCUCGCAGGCGCAGGUGCUGGCCCUGGAGCGCCGCUUCAAGCAGCAACGGUACCUGUCGGCCCCGGAGCGCGAGCACCUGGCCAGCGCGCUGCAGCUCACCUCCACGCAGAUCAAGAUCUGGUUCCAGAACCGGCGGUACAAAUGCAAGAGGCAGCGCCAGGAUAAGACCCUGGAGCUGGCGAGCCAGCCCCUGGCGCCUCGCCGCGUGGCGGUGCCCGUGUUGGUGCGCGAUGGCAAACCCUGCGUGGGCUCCGACGCUUCGGCUUUCGCGGGUCCCUACGCCGGCGCAGCCACCGCGUCCUAUUCCUGCUACGGCGGCUAUGCGGGCACCGCCUACGGGCCAAGCUACGCGGGGGGCUACCCCGGGGCCAGCCCCGCGCCACUCACGCCCCUGGCCAGCCCGAACGCCACCACGCAGGCCCAGGUGCCCGCCGCGAUGCAAGGUGUCAGGGCUUGUGACAACCAGAAUUCUGGGGUGAGCGGCAGCGACUGGCCUGCUUAUUAUUACUCGGUGAGCAAAGGCGCUUCGAAAGCGUGCCCGAGAGCUGCGGGAGCGCUGGCUUGGGUGGCGCGGCGAAGGCGAAGGCGAGGCAGCGCGCAGAGAGGGAAGACGCUGGGAACUCGCCUUCUCCGCCGGGGUCACCUGGAGCGCGCGGGAACCAAUCCGCGGGCGCGGCCGGGUCGCCGCAGCCAAUGGGAAGGCGGCGCGGCGCGCGCCCCGGGGCUAUAA